GUGAUUUUUAAUUGCACCAAACUAACGUAUCUAAUCAGGCAAUGCAAUGGGUAAUCCGGGAAGGCGUCGAUAUCAUUUCACUCUCAUUCGGCUUUCACCGUCGUUCUGUGAGUCUUGAGGGGAUACAAAACUGCAUCCUGUCUGCAUACAAAGAAGGGAUUGUCAUCCUUGCCGCUGCAAGUAAUGACGGGGGCAAUAGGGGCAUAGCAUACCCUGCCGAUCAGAACGAAGUGAUAUGCAUUGGUUCUUCCGACGGAAAAGGAAACAAGUCACCAUUUACCCCUGGUCCAUAUCCAUACACCAAGAACUUCAGCACACUCGGAGAGGGAGUAACGUCUUCCUGGCCCUCGAGUCUGAGUUCGAAUGGUAGGGGACGAACGAAGGUCAUGUCAGGAACGUCAGUAGCGACUCCUGUCGCCAGUGGCGUCGUAGCGGUAAUCAUCGAUUACCUGAGACACUUGCCUGCAGGAGUUGAUGAGAAUCUUGAAUUUUUAUUAUCUCAGCUCAGAAGUAAGAAGGGAGUUGAGGCAGUGCUUCUUAAGGUAUCGGAGGUCAGCGAUGGGUUUAAUUAUAUCACCCCGUGGAGGUUAUUUAAUGAGAGUAGAAAGAACGGGAUAGAUCAGAUUUUACUAGAUGCACUCCGAAGUUAAUCCAAAUUAUAUCUGACCUCCUUAAUCUGAAGCCUCAAUUGCUAUCAA